AUGUCUGCAACAGAAGAUGAUUUUGCUAGCAACAUUGAUGAGCAAUUAUUAAAUAGUGUUGACCCUCAUCAUUCAGCUAGAUUAAAAUUAGAAGACCUUGGAGAUACAUCACAAUUAAAUGAUAAACAUCAAUAUAAACAAGAUCCUCAAUCAUCAAUAACAAAUCUGUAUCAAUCUACUUCAAAUCAAUCACAUGCAGAUAGAAGAACAAAUGAUGGAAUUGUUCAACAUCAACAACAACAGCAUCAUCAUCAAAUUCAUCAAAAUCCAGAUGAUUAUAGAAAAUUUCAAAUUCCAUCACAUUUGCAACAAGAUCCUGAUCAAUAUACAAGACAGCAUCAACAAGCCCAGGAACAUGCUCAACAACAAGCAGUUGCCGCUGGUAUAAAUAAUUACACGCUUCCACACCAUCAACAACCCCUUCCUCAUCAACUGCAACAGCAACAACAGCAGCAACAACAGCAGCAACAACAACAACUACAACAACAGCAGCAACAACAACAACAUCAGCAACAGCAACAACAAAGUCCAGAAUUACUGGACUUAUCCGGUCCAACAGCUGAAGAAUUAUCAGAAUAUAAUAUUCAAAUACCUGAACCAAUCAUUGAUGCUAAGCUGAAAAUAUAUCCAGUAACUGAAAAUACUAUAACUGCAGAAGGAUAUUUAAUAACUCGUCCUUAUCCUGAACAAGUGUUUAGUAAUCGUGAAGAUUUAAAUGAAUUUAUUGCUGAAUUUGCAAGAGAUAAUGGUUUUGGUGUUGUUAUUGCUCAUUCAAAUAAAAAAGCAAUUUAUUAUACUUGUGAAUUAGGUGGUCGUUAUCGUCAUAAAAAAUCUAAAAAAAUUGAUGUAUCAAAACAAAUUGAUGUUGGAGAUGGAUAUAUGUUAGAUCCAGAUACUAAAACUAAAAAAUUAAAAUGUCCAUUUGCAAUGACUGCUUCAUAUAGAAAAUCAACUGGUAUGUGGACUUUAAGAACAACAUGUAAUGAACACAAUCAUCCACAAUUAGAUCCCUUGAGUAAUCAUCCAAUGCUUAGAAAACGUAGCGAUGAAUUAAAUUUGUUGAUUUUAGAUCUUUACAAAUUAGGAACUAAACCAAGUCAUAUUGAAUCUAAAAUUAAAGAACAAUAUCCUGAUGUAUUGAUCAAAAGAGAAGAUAUUUAUAAUGAAAUUAGAGGUUAUAAACGUAAAUUGAAAAAACAAUCUUCAAGAUUUGGAUUUAAUAAUCCUUCAAGAAUUGCAAAUGCUCAAUAUAGAAAGAAGGCUGAACAACAAGCUGCCGCCGCCGCUGCUGCUGCUGCUGCUGCUAACAAUAAUGGUGGAAAUUUAGCAGCUAGUGUUGUAAACAAUUCAAAUAAUACUGAUUCAGAUGCUGUUGCUGCAGUAGCUGCCGCUGCAAGUGCUAAUGCAUUUUUAAACGAUGGUCAAGAUUUACAAGGUUAUGAUACUUAUCAACAACAACAUCAUCAACAAAAUCAUCAUCAAUUGCAACAACACCAACAACAACUUCAACAGCAACAUCAUCUUCAACCUCAACAACAACAGCAACAACAAUCCCAUCAAUUGUCUCAACAACAAAUACAACCACCUCAAACUCAACAACAACAGCAACAACAACAACAAGAAGAAUUUCAACGUCAAUUUGUUGCAGCAACUCAAGCCCAACAGCAUCAAUUAGAUGAACAUCAAUAUCAACAAUAUCAACAACAAUUACAUAGUCAUCAUAAUCAUCAAAAUCAUCAUUCUAAUAAUCAUACUCAUCAUAAUCCUUUAAAUGAUGACGGAUCUGCUGUCGCUGCCAUUGCUGCUGUUACUAAUGUUGGUCGUCAACAUGGUUAUCAAGAUAGCGCUGAUUUAUCAAUGGAUAACAUUGAUUCAAGAUUAGUUGGAGAAUAA